AUGGCUUUAGUCCCCUACGAGGAGGGAGCUGGCUGGGGAGCGCGGCAGCUGCACAAUCCUUCGGCCACGUACCGCUUCGCCAGCCACACCAUCCGCAUCAGACAGGACUGGCGGCGGCUGGGGGUGGCGGCGGUGGUCUGGGAUGCGGCUGUUGUCCUAUGUGCUUAUCUGGAGAUAGGAGGCAUUGAGGUCCAGGAUCGAUCUGUGAUUGAGCUGGGAGCUGGGACUGGUUUGCUGGGAAUAGUAGCCACAUUAUUAGGUGCUCAUGUUACCAUCACAGACAGAGCAGCAGCACUGGAGUUCCUGGAGUCAAAUGUACAGGCUAACUUACCUUCAGAACUACGUCCGAGAGCUGUGGUGAAAGAGCUCACUUGGGGAAAAGACCUAAGUAACUUCUCUCCAGGAGCAUUUGACUUCAUCCUGGGUGCAGACAUUGUUUAUCUGGAAGAAACUUUUGCAGACCUGCUUCAGACACUGGAGCACCUGUGCUCAGAGCACACUGUGAUUCUUCUUUCCUGUCGUAUCCGCUAUGAACGGGACCACAAGUUCUUGAAGAUGCUGAGUGGCCGUUUCUCUGUGUACGAGGUCCACUAUGAUGCCAGUAAGGAUGUUCAUAUCUACAAAGCACAGAGGGGUAGUUGGAAGGAUGACUUUUGACUCUAUGCAUUGUUAGUAAACCACUGUUCAAUCUUCCCCUUGUUUCUACUCAAUACACUUGUU